AAACCCAAGUCAACCCAUAAAACCGUCGCAGAAGCAGAUGCUGAGCUCAUGGAGAAGCUUGCGGGACAUUCAGAUGCCGGAGGUGCCGCGGGCGUGGAGUACGAAAAUGGCAAACCUGUUGCGCAGAAACGGAGUGUCAGAAACAACAUGUUUCGACUGAUAUGA